AUGUCUUCACCACCAGCGUUUUCGGCUGCAGAGAAUCAACGUCCCUUGGCGGAGUCCAUCGCCGCCGCGACCCGGUCUGCCCACGCGAAGCUUAACAAGCUGAUCAUUGCCCGCCUGCCGCUGGCGAUUCCUCCCUGCGCCGCCGACCCGUCCAUCUAUGUUUCUGGUCUGCUUCACAUUGCGCCCAUCUACGCUACCUUUGAGUCGCUAUGGAAAACCAUUGCUGAACCACCGCUACCUACUGUGGGUGGUGCAAAAAGUAAUCAACUGGGCGCCUUUCCAUCAGACCUAGAUGGAUUACCUUCGUCCUCGAGCGAUGAUCAUUCACUUAGAUACCGCCCUGUUCUUUCCCAGGGGACACGCUCGAUCCUAACGUCGCUGUACCUACCAGGACUCAUGCGCACUGACAGGUUGCGGUCCGACAUUGAAUCUAUCACGGGAUGGUCCCCUGACGUUGUCGAGGAGCAACUUAAAGCUGUGUCGGAAUCGGGACGACUGGCCGAAUUCACGCAGCACAUAAAGCGCACCAUUGAGAAAAAGCCACACGUUUUGAUGGCGUAUUCCUAUAUUCUCUUCAUGGCCCUAUUUGCCGGGGGAAGGUUUAUCAGAGCAACUCUGGAGUCUGCGGGCUCGGAAUUCUGGGCCCGAAUACCAUCGCCGAUCUUGCCCUCUCAGACAGCUUGUAAAACAAAGCAGCCGUCGACAACCAUGCCGGCUUCUGUCGGUAUGGAGUCAGUCGACACGAUGAGGGGCGACCAUAGAACGAUUGCCGCUGGCACAAAGCACUCUCGCCAUUCCCUCCCGCUUGGCUUCUUUCAUUUUGCGACAGUUCUAGACGGCGAGGAUCUCAGGAAAGAGUUUAAGAAACGGUUAACGGACUCUGAGAAUCUGUUGACCCCCCAAGAGAGGAACGAUGUUAUCCAGGAGGCCGUGUGUAUAUUCGACAACAUGCUGCUCCUCGUUGGCCAGAUGGACACCAAUUGCGAAACCAACCUGGGGGAUGCACAGGCUACGUCACCAUGGACGUCCUUGAUACCUGGGGGCCGUCUGCGCGACAGCCUGGCGGUGGCUCGAGAAAGGAAGAGGGAGAAGAUUGCUCCAAAGGGCCCAGAGGACGGCGAGACGCCCAAUGGAUUGUUCUGCUGGCAUGGGAAACGAAAGACUUCCCAGGUUGCCGACACACAGGACGUGCGCGACCUGGAGGAACAGCCACCCAUAGGUUGUCCGGCGUUCAAGUCUAUGAGAUUCGAGUCAAAGCUGCCGGCGCCGCACAGGAAGGAACACAGCAAGACGCCCUUGGCCGAUGUCGCGCCUCGUGUCGCGACACCCCAACAGCGGCUCCUGCCGCGCUCUACCAUGUCGUUGGUAUCCAAUAUCAUUCUCGUGGUGGGCCUUGCGGCGGUUUUCAGCUUGAUUUUUCUGACCCGGAGAUCGGCGGAGGAUGGUAUAAUAGUGGAAGACGAGUGGUAG